GAGCCGUGUCCAAGCGGCAUUCCGACUUGGGAGCUAGUCGCAACAACGUCGCACUUAGGCGAAAAUUCCUAGGCGAGUACUGGUAACAGCAGCGCCUAAGCUAGUUCGUUUGAGAUCUCCACCUAGUACCUAAAUACAGUAAUCAUGCAGUCUAUGAUUGUUCUCGCUGCCACCCUCUGCCUGGCUAAGGCCUCUUGGCUACCAGCGCCCGUGCAAGACACCCCCGAGGUGGCGCACGCCAAGGCCGCACAUCUGGCCGCGCACGCGCAGGCCUCCACCGCGCACGGCGCGUGGGCGCCGCUCGGACACGCCGGCAUCGGCCUGGGAUACGGUGGACAUUAUGGCGCCCCGGCUGCUGGUCUCUUGAAAUACGGCCCCGCCCCCCUGGCGCACGACGGCCGCGUGGUCGACACGCCUGAGGUCGCGCACCUGAAGGCCGCGCACGCCGCCGCGCACGCCAGCGCCGCGCACGGUGCGUACGCGCACGGCCCCAUCGCGCCGCUCGCCUACCACGGCGGCGCCGCGCUCGGCGCCAUCGCCCACGGCGGCUACGCGCCCGCCCACGGCGGCUACGGCAAGUGGACCGGCCCCCCGGCGCACAUCCAGCUCACCCAUGACGGACAGUACGUCGUAGACACCCCUGAGGUCCAGCACGCCCGCGCCGCUCACCUUUCCCAGUACGCUCACGCCGCCCACGCGGCCGCCGCCGCACCCGAAGAACCCUGGGGCCAUGGCGCUCACGGCUGGCACUAAAUCCUACCUCUGACCUUAGCCUCAACACUGCCUGACUCUUUAUUUUGAUAUAAAAUAGAGAAAUGUAAAAAAAAUGUUUUACUGUGUAUAAAGAAUGCGAACUGUGUAUGCAAACUGCAACUCUUGUAGAGCGAACUUGCGAAAAGUAAGAAUAAAAAAAAACGAAUAAUGUAA